UACAUGCUGUCUGGAGAGGAUCACUUCCUGCAGGGGGUUCCAGAGAGGCGGGGUGUUGUUGAAUCUGUGGAAAAACAACAUUUUAACGUUAUAGAAAUGCAUUGACAACCAUAUAUUUGUCAGCGUUUUAACCAGAUCAUCAACAUUGCUACCGAAAAACAGAAUACUUUCAAUACCUGCUGUGUGCUUUGCACCUAUCAUGAAGGCUUCAGCCUUUUUUUGCUCCCAGACCCCCAGCAUGAACAAGCCACAGAGUAAGGAAUCGCUGAAGGACAAGGUGAAGGGUUUGUUUGGGAUGGGACAAUCACGCAUCAACACCAAGCAAGCGGAGAGCAGACCCUCUGAGUUCAUCAUAACUCUUGACAUCCUGAAGGAUCUGAAUUCAGAGUGUGCGUUGCACAACAGAAUCCGGGUCAUUAACCACGUAUGUGAGCUUGCAAAGUCCAAGAAAUUUGAAGAGCAUGCGGUGGAAGCUGUUUGGAAAGCAGUGGAGGAUUUGCUUCUGCCUGAUCAGCCUGUAGAGGCCAGACAUGCAGUGCUUCAGUUACUGAAAGCUAUUAUUCAGGGCCAGGGUGAAAGGCUAGGGCCUCUCCGCGCUUAUUUCUUUAAGAUCAUUAAGGACUACCCCUCCAAUGAAGACCUUCACGAAAGACUUGAGGCGUUCAAAGCUCUAACAGAGAAUGGCAAGGACAUCACAUACUUGGAGGAAGACAUAGCUGGCUUUGUUUUUCAUUGGAUGGACGCUGGUUUGACUGCAGAUUUCCUCCGGGUUCUUGUCAAUCUCGUCAAAUUCAACAGCUGCUACCUAGAUCAGAAUGUUUCACAGAUGGUCCAUAAGAUAUGCCUCAUGUGCAACCGGACUACAGCUUCAACAGAUAUAGAGGUUUCUCUGCAAGUGCUGGAUGCUGUGGUUUGCUACAACUGCCUCCCCUCUGAUUCCUUGCCUGUUUUUAUCAUCACUCUGUGCCGCACAGUGAAUGUCAAGGAGUUCUGUGAAUCCUGUUGGAAGCUCAUGCGUAAGGUUCUGGGAACUCACUUGGGACACAGUGCAAUCUAUACCAUGUGCCGUGUCAUGGAGGAGAGAGCCUACAUGGAAGAUGCAGCCCUUUUGCGGGGGGCUGUGUUCUUCGUAGGGAUGGCACUGUGGGGAGCUCACCGGCUUUCAACUCUGAAGAACACACCGACAUCCGUGCUGCCGUCAUUCUUCAAGGCCAUGACUUGUACCAAUGCUGUGGUAUCCUUUGAAAUAGUCCUCUCGGUCACAAGAUUGAUAAAGAAGUAUGGGAAGGAGCUGCAGGUUGUCACAUGGGAUAUUCUUCUCAACAUCAUUGAAAAGUUACUUCAGCAAAUUCAGACAUUGGGUAAUCCUGAACUGAAGUCCAUUGUCCAUGAGCUGCUGUCCACAGUGGAGGAGCUGUAUGAACAGAACAGUUACCAUGGCUCCCAGGAAAGGUUCUUUGGUCUGAUUGAAAAAUGUUCAGAUAAAAGACCUGAAGCCUCUGUCUUGACGCUGUUGUCAUUCCGAGCUCAUUCCAUUCACCCAGCAAAAGAUGGCUGGAUUCAGAACCUACAGAGGUUGAUGGAAAAGUUCUUCAGGAAUGAGACCAGGAGUGACAUUCGAAUCAAAGUUCUUGAUAUCCUGUCGUUUGUGCUUAGCAUUAACCGGCAGUUGUAUGAGGAGGAGCUGAUUGAAUCGGUUGUGAUUCCUCAACUCGGCCAGAUUGCUGAGGACAAGAACCUUCAUGUUCGCAGGCUGGCCACACAGUUGCUGGUUGACCUUGCCGAGGGCUGUAAUACUCAUCAUUUCAACAGCCUCCUGGACAUUAUAGAGAAGGUGGUGAACCGGCCGUUUUGCCCUUUUGCUGCUGAGGCAGUAGAGGGGGAGAUCGCUUCUGAGUCUCCAGUGGAAGAUGUGAAGACUGCAGUCAUUGGACUUCUGGAGAUAUUACAGACCAAACUGUACACCUUGCCUGCCAGUCAUGCCAGCAGAGUCUACGAGCUACUGAUCAGCCACAUCCAGCUACACUACAAGAACAAAUACUCCUCGGCCAUUGCCAGCAGCAUUCGCUUACAGGUGUUUGAUUUCCUCCUGCUUCUGCGUGCCGACUCCCUCCAUCGAUUGGGGGUUCCCAACAAGGACGGUGCGGUGAGGUUCAGCCCAUACUGCCUCUGUGAUCUGGGUGAGCAGGAGAAGAAACCCCCAGGAACAGUGUCUCCCCCUGCUGGUAGUCCUGCGCCAAACACCCAGACCACGUCCUCAUUUCGCUUGGGCUACCUCCCCUUCUCGUUGGCUUUCGGGCUACUCCUGCAGUGUUUGAAACUGGAGACCGACUGGAAGGUUGUAAAGCUGGUUCUUGAUAAACUGCCUGAGUCUCUGCAGUACAAAGUCCUUAUCCUGUCCUCUCCAUGUAGCAUUGACCAGCUGUGCACUGUUCUGUGUGCUAUGUUCCCAGACCGUCUGGUUUCAGACAGGUCACGCAAAAUCGUGGAUAGUUUCCCCCGGACUGAUGUGCAGCUGUCUGUGGUGCCAGUGCUGGCGGCUUUAACCUCCUACCAUAACUACCUGGACCAGAGCAGACAGCGGGAGCUGGUCCAGUGUUUGAUUUGCCGUUGCGGCAGACAGUGUGUUGUAGCCCUGACAAUGUGCACCAUCGAGAUGCCAGAUAUUAUGGUCAAGCUGCUUCCCGCCUUGAUUGUGAAACUCACUCACAUUUCUGCCACUGUUGCCAUGGCCUCUCCUAUGUUAGAAUUUUUAUCAACUUUGGUCAGGCUUCCUCACCUGUAUGCAAACUUUGUGGCUGAACAGUACGUGAGCGUGUUUGCUCUGUCCUUGCCGUACACCAACCCAUCGAAGUUUAACCAGUAUAUAGUGUCGUUGGCUCAUCAUGUAAUUGCCAUGUGGUUCAUCCGAUGUCGCCUCACGUUUCGGAAGGACUUUGUGCAGUACAUCACAAAGGGUUUGAGAUCCAACGCUCUCCUGCCGUUUGACGAUGGCCAUGAACAGAGCAGCUUCCGAGCACGCAGCACCAGUCUCAAUGAGCGGCCCAAGAGUCUGCGAACUGCUAAAGUCGCAAAGCCAGGCUUCAAUAACUCCUCCCCAGUUAAAGAGCUGAAAGAUCUCUCCGCUAUCGAUGCCUUCCGUUCCCGCAGCAUCAGCGUAUCCGAGCACGCCGUGCGCAGGAUGCAGACUUCCAUGACCACCAGCAGCCUGGGCUCUGCAGACGAAAGCUCUGUGGCUCAGGCUGACGACGGCUUGAGGACCGUCCAUCUGGAGCUGACCGAGACCUGUCUGGACAUGAUGGCGAGAUACGUUUUCUCCAACUUCUCCGCCCUGCCCAAGAGAUCCCCUCUUGCAGAGUUCCUGCUGGCUGGAGGAAAAAGCAUGACCUGGCUGGUUGGAAACAAGCUGGUUACCAUAACAACCAGCAAUGGAGCUAGGACCCGAUCUCUGCUCGGCCUCGAUUUGACAGAACGCCAGAGUUUGGGAGAAAUGACAAGAUCCGACCCUUCUCUUCACACGAGACAAACCAAAGAAGCGCCUGCUAUGCUGGAAUCCCAGGCAGGCCAACAAAUCGGAAAGGCGACCCGCGUCAGAGUGCGAUCCAUGUCAGGUGGGCAUGCCCUUCGUGCUGGCACUGCGCAGAGUUUGAGUCCGCUGGUCUCCCCCUCUGAUAGUGAAUUCUACGACCCUCCUUCCCAGUCUGUUCAGGUUUUGGAGAACUCGGCAAGCUUCAAACUGGAACCCCCGGGAACACAGCACUCUCCCCAAAAGGAGAAGCCGAGCUUGGCGGAGUACGCACCCCUGCUCACCCAGGGCUGGGCAGAGAUCUUCAUCCGCAGACCUUCAGGUAACACAAGUUGGUUAAUGUGCCUGGAGAACCCUCCUAGCCCUUUUUCUUCAGAGAUCGGGAGCAUGCCCCUGCAGGAUCUCUCCAAUAUCCUGAUGGCUAUGGAAAGAAUCAAGGAGCCCGGAGCAUCUGGAGUCUUUAAAUCAAACUCGGAGCCGGGUUCAAGCCAGGCCUACGUGGCACAGAAGCCGUGUGCACUGCAGCGUUCAAACACAGUGGCAUCUUUCUCUCCUGUCCACCAGUCCAGUGCUCAGGGGAGGUUGCACAGGAGUAUAUCCUGGGCAGAUUCAGUGGUGGUUCUGGAGGAAGGGAGCAGGCUGGGCACUCAGCCGAAGGAGAGAGUUUCACCAACGGGUUCCCAGGACAGCGAGGAGUUUGAAGCAAUGCCAUCAGAGCCAAUUUUCAUGGGAGACAAAUUCAGCAAACCACAGGAAGCCUACAGCAGGUCUUCAUCUAGCUCGAGCCAGGAAGAAGAUAAAAGCACUCCUCUGGAAGAUGUCGGAGUGGGUGCCAUCCCUAUUGAGAGAGGAAUCUUUCAUACUGCCGGAGGCCCCAUGAAGGAGGAGGAGGAGGAGGAUCUUUCUUUCCAGCAUUCCCAGACCCUCAAUAAAUCCAGCUCGUCCCCAGAGCUUCAGGCUCUGCAGGAGGCCUUCAAAGAUACUCUGAACAAGGAAGAAAUCCCUGCAGGGAAGCUCAACACUGAAGCGAAGACAGGCAUUGAAGCAGAGCCAGGGCCCACUGACGUGACUAGCCAGUUGGAAGCAGCAGCAACAGCAGCAGCAGCAGGAGGAGGAGGAGGAGGAGGAGGAGGGGGGGUGCUGGGGCAGGUGUUGGUGCGGGGGAAAGCUCUGGUGCAGAGGAAAGCUCUAGUGCGGGUGCUGGUACCGAAGUCUGGGCAAGGCCCCGGCAGGUUGGAGUUUCCAGCCCCGCAGCCUGCUCCUGUCUCCCCAAGCGGCCACAGACCCCGCGGACACACAAUCUCGGGGUCUGCCCCGUCGCGCCGGGAGAGGAAGAUAAAUCAGGAUUCCUACAACAGAGGAGCUGCUUCCAACUCUGAGAAGAUGUCCGGUAUCAGUCCGAGCUUUGUUUUUCUUCAGCUCUACCAUUCUCCUUUCUUUGGAAACGAAUCCAACAAGCCCUUACUGCUGCCCAAGUCACAGCUAAUGGACAGAACUGUUAAAGUGCUGGAUCAAAUGCCUCCUUAUGACACCCACAAGAUUGGAGUUGUGUAUGUUGGAGAAGGGCAGAUCAACAGUGAAGUUGCCAUCCUAUCAAAUGAGUAUGGGUCCUACAGGUAUGCCCAGUUUUUGACCCAGCUUGGCAAGUUGAUCCAUCUAAAAGACUGUGACCCUGAUCAGAUAUUCCUCGGCGGUCUGGACCAGUAUGGUGACGAUGGGGAGUUCACCUACUGCUGGCACGAUGACAUCAUGCAAGCCAUAUUUCACAUCGCCACGCUGAUGCCUAACCGGGAAUCAGAUAAGGGCUGCUGCAACAAGAAGAGGCACAUCGGGAAUGAUUUUGUCAUCGUUGUUUACAAUGACGCAGGAGAGGAAUACAAACUCGGGACAAUAAAGGGUCAGUUUAACUUUGUUGAAGUUAUAAUCAAGCCUUUGGAUCAUGAGAGCAAUCUCGUUACUCUUCAGUGCCGUAAAGAUUUAGAAGGACUUGUUGACACAAGUGUGGCUAAGAUUGUGUCGGACAAAAACUUGGCUCUGCUGGUACGACAGAUGGCCCUGCAUGCUAAUAUGGCUUCCCUGGUUCACCAGUACAAAUCAAACCCAAGCGAUGCCUAUGCUUCAAAGUGGCUCGCAAGACUGCGACACAUCAAGAAGCUGCGUACACGGGCCCAACAGGAGAAGCAAUCGCGCCACACCUCCGGGAUCUCCCUCAACCAGGCCCACACCUCGAUGCAGAACAAAAGCGCCCACCAGCAGGCAGGGGCCUCGGGACCGGAGCCAGGGCAACGGAAGCGCCUGGUCUCCACGGUGGAUGACUUCACUGACUUUGUGUGAAGUGCCUGAGCAUAGCAAUCUUACUUGUUCGCUGUAUCGCAGUCAGCAUUUUCAAAAAUACAAUAUGUAUAUUCACUUUCUUUUUUUCUUUCUGUAAUAGAAUUUACAACGAACAAAUCGACUAAACUAAAACUAAGCAAUCUUGAGAAUUAGCAUAUCACUUUUUUUUUUUUAUUAUUAAUGUGGUUGUUUCCUGGAUUUUGCUUGCUAUUUUUAAUAUGAAUAUGAAGAUUUCUUCCCAUGUACUCACAACCUUACAGAAACUGUCCAGCAGCUGUUGAGAUUAAAUACAACAACUUUUGUUUUUGUCAAA